AUGGUCCGCAACGACGUGGUUCUGGCAGUGCGCUUCUGGAUCUGGUGCAGCACGCUGCUCAUGAUCUACAUGCCGUCGCUCUUCGUGCGCCGCAUCUACGCUGAACGCGCCGUUGGCUCCGCGUCUAUCAUUCCCAUCUUUCUGGUCCUCGCCAACUCGCACGUCUGGAUGCUCUACGGCUACCUGGGUAAAACGUGGUUUCCGAGCUUCCCCGUCUUCCUCAUUGGCGACAUCGUUUCGCUGUGCUACCUAUUCGUCUACUGGCGGUACUCUGACGAGCGCGGCCAAGUGGCCAAACGCAUGGGCCUUAUGUUUACCUGGCUAGCAGUGCCUACUUUCUACGUAGUCGUCGCUAGCUUGGGCUACACGGGGCAGACUCGAGACGAGAUCUGGAAGACACAAGGCUUGUGCUUCUGCGAUGUCACAGUCAUUUCGACACAUAUGCUAAUGCUCAAGAACCUCAUCUUCGCGUUCAAGCAGCGAUCUGCCUCGACGCUCGUUCCGCGCUCUCUGGCUGUCACGACAUUCAAUACGUUUGGCUGGUUCACGUUCGGUCGAGUGACUUCCAACUGGAUCAUCGCUGGGCCGCAGGUAUUCGUCAUUGCUCUGCACGUGGCUGCGUGGACCAUGUAUGUCGUCUUCACUCGACGAACGAGGCUCGAGCCAGACUUCGCUGCCUUGGAGGACGGGUCCAUUGUCACAUCGGUCAAUCUCUCGCCCAAACUCGAUGUUUGUAGUACGAAAGGAGCUGCUCCUAGUAGUCCAGAGUACCGUGUUUUGCGAUCUCCAUUAGUACCGUUGCAGAGCUAG